CCCUGUCGGCACUUGUCAUUACUCCAUCCAUCGUCUUAUCGUCUGACGAUCGACGAUCGACUAUCCUCCGUUCCUUCCGCGAUCGAAGAAAGUGAUGAAAAAAUGAAGUUUUCCGCGAUCACGUUGCUGUUAAUCGUCCUACAAGUGCAUUAUGGCUCCUUUGCCAAAUUAGAAUCUAAAGAAAAUCAAACGGAGAUCGAUCAACAAAGGAGCGCUAGGGUUCAUCGGGUGUCCGACCGCGAGUUCACCGGAAAUGAAGAUUCUCAGUUAAAGAACGCCAUUAAGGACAUCGUGAUCAAGCAGGCUGUUCUAUUGGGGAGCGAGGAGAUCGAGAAAUUUCUCACGGAUUUUCCUAAUUUGAGCAAUCUCGUGCAACACGAGACCCAAUUGUUCAAGGAAUUAAACAUGAUCCUAAUGGAGCUGGUUCGAGACGGAACCGUCACGUUGAAGAACAUCGAUCAUACGAUCAACGAGAUGAUGGGGAUGAGCGUGUCACAGACUUCCGUCAAACCUGUAACAAAGAACGACAAUCUGGGAAAUCUUUCAAAUUCGUUAGAACAAUUGGGUAGCCAAGAGAACGAGAAUCGGGAGAAUUCGAGACUUCCGGUCUCUCGGAUCGAAUCGAUGAACGAACAGGAGCUGAGGAAGGUGAAGAACGUAGCCCAGACUCUGGACAACGUGAUGAUGGAGAUCCAGAAACACGUGACUUUCGUUCGAAGCGUUUUCGACAGGCUUUGCAGGAAGCAUCAUUCCACAUCGUCGAAUCAAUCGAAUUCGAACGAUAUUGGAAAAUUUGCGUCAAUGAAUCAACCUAAGAAAGUAUCGAUAUUUUAAAAGAUUGUAUCAAUAUUCGUAAGGAAUAAUGCAAUUACUCAUCUUUUACGUAGUCCUUGGUU